AUGGGCACUGUGGCUCCGUGCCCUGAGGGAGGCGGAAGCUUCUCUGCGUUAUGGGCAAGCGGAGAGGACUCGAUCUUCUCCAAAUCUCCAAGCGAGAGAGGCGACAACGUGGAAUCGGAUUUGCGAUGGGCAGCGCUGCAGAAGCUUCCGACCAUGGACAGGGCGAGGAUGGGAAUUCUGAAUGCUGAGGAUGGGAAGCUGAAGGAGAUCGAUGUCAAGAACCUCAGCUAUCAGGAUAUGAGAAAGCUGCUUGAGAGACUGGUGAAAGUUGUAGAAGCAAGCAAUGAGAAGUUUCUUCUUAAGAUCAAGGAAAGAUUCGAUAGAGUUGGAAUUCAUUAUCCAACAAUCGAAGUCCGGUAUGAGCUUCUAAAUGUUGAGGCUCAAGUAUAUGUGGGGAGAAGAAACUUGCCUUCCUUUUUCAAUUCAAUUCUUAACACAGUUGAGUUCUUAGCCAACUACCUUCAUAUAAUUCCAAGCAAGAAGAGACCAUUCACCAUACUUCACGAUGUUAGUGGAAUCGUCAGGCCUCACAGGUUGACACUGCUUUUAGGGCCCCCGAGUUCAGGGAAGACUACAUUAUUCUUGGCUCUAACUGGGAAGCUAGGCUCGGAUCUUAAGGUUUCUGGAAAUGUGACAUAUAAUGGCCAUACAAUGGAUGAGCUUGUGCCACAAAGAGCAACAGCUUAUAUAAGCCAGCAUGAUGUCCAUUUGGGAGAGAUGACAGUGAGAGAAACUCUUGAAUUCUCUGCUAGAUGUCAAGGGGUUGGCUUUCGUUUUGAUAUGUUAACCGAAUUGCUGAGGAGGGAGAAGGCUGCAAAUAUCAAACCUGACUCUGAUAUAGAUGUCUUCUUGAAGGCAUCAUCAAUGGAAGGGAAAGAAACUGGUUUGAUCACAGAUUAUAUUAUGAAGAUUCUGGGAUUGGAAAGUUGCGCUAAUGUCAUGGUUGGCAAUGAAAUGUUAAGAGGUAUUUCUGGAGGAGAAAGAAAACGUGUCACCACAGGUGAGGUGAUUGUUGGUCCAGCACAAGCAUUAUUCAUGGAUGAAAUAUCAACCGGACUUGAUAGCUCUACAACCUUUCAGAUAGUAAGGUCACUAAAACAAAUUGUUAGCAUUCUUGGGAGAACAAUGUUGAUCUCCCUGCUUCAGCCCGCUCCUGAGACUUAUGAACUCUUUGACGACAUAAUUAUCCUAUCAGAAGGACAUAUUGUGUAUCAAGGUCCACGUGAAGACGCACUUGAAUUCUUUAAAUUCAUGGGAUUUGAGUGCCCUGAGAGGAAGGGAGUUGCUGACUUCUUACAAGAAGUGACUUCCAAGAAUGAUCAGAAGCAGUAUUGGGCACAACAUGAUAAACCGUAUCAAUAUGUGCCAGUUAAGGAAUUCUCAAAAAAAUUUCACACAUUUCAUGUAGGAAAAAACCUUCGAAAAGAGCUAUCUGUUCCUUUUGACAGGAACAAGAGUCACAGUGCUGCUUUAACGACCUCAAAGUUUGGUAUCAGUGGAACUGAAAUACUGAAAGCCUGUGCUGCAAGAGAGCUUCUUCUAAUGAAAAGAAACUCCUUUGUUUAUGCAUUUAGAGCUUGUCAAAUCAUGGUUAUGGCACUUGUCACAAUGUCACUUCUCUGGAAGACCAAAAUGCCUCACAGAUCUAUAAAUGAUGGACAGAUUUACAUUGGAGCUCUCUUUUUCUCUAUUCUCACUCACUUGUUUAAUGGCUUCUCUGAGCUUGCUUUAACCAUUAUUAAACUACCUGUCUACUUCAAGCAAAGGGACGCUCACUUCUAUCCUUCAUGGGCUUUUGCUUUACCAAAUUGGAUCUUAAAUAUGCCAUUUUCAUGCAUUGAAGUUGCAAUUUGGGUACUUCUCACUUACUUUACCAUAGGAUUUGAUUCAAGUGCAGAAAGGUUUUUCAAACAUUACCUUCUGCUGCUUCUUUUAAAUCAAAUGUCUUCUGGAUUUUUUCGCUUCAUAGCAGUACUUGGAAGGAUUCUUGUUGUUGCGAAUGUAUUGGCAGCAUACGACACGACGCUGGUGAUUUUAGUGUUGGGUGGAUUCUUAAUUUCAUACGGGAAAGUGAAGAAAUGGUGGUUAUGGGGUUUUUGGGCAUCACCAAUAAUGUACUCACAAAAUGCUAUUUCAGUAAAUGAAUUCUCAGGAAAGAGUUGGAGCCAUAUUUUACCUGGAACAAAUGAAACACUUGGAAUGGUUAUCUUAAAGUCUAGAGGAAUAUUUCCAGAAGCAAAUUGGUAUUGGAUUGGUGCUGGAGCUUUGCUCGGAUAUGGUCUCAUAUUCAACUUUCUUUUCAUUGUUGCUCUAUCUUAUCUCAAAUCACUUGGGAAGGGCCAAUCAUUUGUAACUGAGGAGGUUUUGAGGGAGCGACAAAAUAGCAUAUUUACAACAUCUACUGUCCAAUCAAGAGAAAAAGAAGCUACAAGUUCAACAGAAGGAGGUGUUGAGGUUUCUGAGCCAAUUUUAAAGAAAGGAAUGGUGCUUCCAUUUUUACCACAUUGCAUCACAUUUGACAACAUAAGUUAUUCAGUGGACAUUCCAAAGGAAAUGAGAGCACAAAGAAUUGAGGAUAAGUUGAUGCUUCUAAAUGGUGUGAGUGGUUGCUUCAGACCAGGAGUGCUUACUGCUCUAAUGGGUAUUAGUGGAGCAGGAAAGACUACUCUUAUGGAUGUACUUGCAGGCAGAAAAACCAAAGGAUAUAUAACAGGAAGCAUCACCAUUUCUGGAUAUCCCAAGAGUCAAGAAACCUUUGCACGUGUUUCAGGAUAUUGUGAGCAAAAUGAUAUCCACUCUCCAAAUGUGACAGUUUAUGAAUCUCUUAUUUACUCUGCAUGGCUUCGGCUUCCCCCUGAAAUUGAUGCAUCAACAAGAAAAAUGUUUGUUUAUGAGGUGAUGGAGCUUGUUGAGAUGAGAGCAUUACAAGAUGCAUUGGUUGGAUUGCCUGGAAUAAGUGGAUUAUCGACUGAGCAACGGAAGAGAUUAACCAUUGCUAUUGAGCUCGUCGCAAAUCCUUCAAUAAUAUUCAUGGAUGAGCCAACCUCUGGGCUUGAUGCUAGGUCGGCUGCUGUUGUAAUGAGAACUGUUAGAAACACAGUUGACACAGGAAGGACAGUAGUGUGCACAAUACACCAACCGAGUAUCGAAAUAUUUGAAUCCUUUGAUGAGCUUUUCCUGAUGAAGUUAGGAGGUGAAGAGAUAUAUUUUGGACCAUUGGGGCACAAGUCUCAUCAACUUAUCAACUAUUUUGAGAGCAUCCAAGGCAUCACAAAAAUAACGGAUAACUACAAUCCUGCAACCUGGAUGUUGGAAGUUGUAACAUCAUCACAGGAGGAUGUAUUAGGUGUCAAUUUCAAUGAAAUUUACAAGAACUCUGAAUUGUACAAGAAGAACAAAGCAUUAAUUAUGGAACUAAACCAACCGUCUUUUGGAUCAAGUGAUUUAUAUUUUCCAACACAAUAUUCGCAGCCAUUCCUAACCCAAUGUAUUGCAUGCUUAUGGAAACAAAACUUGUCAUAUUGGAGGAAUCCUACCUAUUCUGCUUUGAGAUUUUUUUUCACCGUGAUGAUAGCCUUGAUACUUGGUUCAAUGUUCUGGAAUCUUGGAAGUAAAAAAGACACACAACAAGAUUUGUUCAACGCCAUGGGUUCCAUGUUUGGAUCUGUUUUUUUCAUGGGGGCCUCAUACUCUAUUGCAGUACAACCAAUUGUUGCUAUUGAGCGCACUGUCUUCUAUAGAGAAAGAGCUGCGGGAAUGUACUCAGCAUUUCCUUAUGCUUUUGGACAAAUUGCAGUUGAGCUACCAUAUAUCUUUGUUCAAUCUCUAAUAUAUUGCAUUAUUGUGUAUUCGAUGAUUGGUUUUGAGUGGACAACAAUGAAGUUCUUAUGGUACCUCUACUUCACAUUUUUCACGUUGCUAUAUUAUACGUACUAUGGCAUGUUAGCUGUCGGCUUGACGCCAACCCAAACCUUCGCUUCCAUUGUCUCUACUUUUUUCUUUGGAAUGUGGAACCUCUUCUCAGGAUUUAUCAUCCCCAAGAUGGCGAUGCCAAUUUGGUGGAGUUGGUUCUAUUGGGUUUGUCCAUUCUCAUGGACUAUAUAUGGAUUGUUUGUGUCACAAUAUGGAAAUGACCAUAAUUUGCUGGACACAAAACAGACCGUGGCAGAGUUCUUAAGUGAUUACUUUGGAUUUAAGCAUGAUUUUUUGUUAGUGGUAGCAGUUAUGAUAGUCUUCUUUGCAAUGCUAUUUGCUUUCUUAUUUGGUUUUGCAAUCAAAGUUCUAAAUUUCCAAAGCAGAUGAUGUCUUUUUGUAGUGAAAAGAAAGGAAUCGUGUACAAUGGAACUGAAAGUCGGAACCUAG